AUGGCUCUUUCAGCGUGCAAUGCCGUUAUCAACCCAGGCUUCGAGUCUGGCGUCUUGUUCCCAUGGCGCGCAUCUGCCGUCGACGUCGCUCAUGUGAGCACUGGUACUGCCUACAGUGGUGACUACUACCUUAAUUUGCAAACUGCCAUCGAUAACCAAGGCAACACCAUAUCGCAAACUCUUCACAAUCUCAAACCGGGACAAAGCUAUACAUUCAGCGCCGAGGCACAGGUUCCCUACCCCGCUAUCUCGGAGUACUGCUUCGUGUAUGUUUAUUCAGGCUCCAACUCCACGGUCGGCGAGAUCGCUAGCGUGGACUUGUAUGAGGAAAGCUUUGGGGAGUGGGUCUCUGUUUCUGGGACCUAUGUGCCCAAGCAUUCGGUUGAGACGUUACACAUCCUUGCUGCUUGUGAUGAGGAGGAUAAUUCCGUUACUGGAGAGGUAUAUCUCGAUGCGAUUAGCCUGGUGCCUGAGAGUGGCUGUGGGUCUGCGUGA